GCACACAGGUGUUGGUGAGCAGGCAUAAGAGGAGGACACGCCUUGACCGUCUCAAUCAACUGAACAAGAAAGACACUGACAGAGGAGAGAAGGUUGAACUCAAGACUGCCAUUCGUCACCCUUUGGAUGUGCGUCAAACAACUUUCACUUCAUAUCACAGAGGCUGUGGACUUGUAGAAAAUGUUUGGAUACUUGAACAAACGUAUCCAGGACAGUCUGGCAGAGCGAAGGAGCCGCAGGACCAGACUAGUGGCCAAAGAUGGUCGCUGCAACAUUGAAUUUGGAAACAUCAAAUACAGCAAACACUUUGCUUUCCUAGCUGACUUCUGGACCACCUUUGUGGAGAUCCGGUGGCGUUUUGUUCUUUUCUUCUUCAUCGCCUCUUUCACCCUCAGCUGGUUUAUUUUUGGCCUGCUGUGGUACUGGAUUGCCCGCAAUAAUGGAGAUCUGACAUGGCAAAACCCCCCAUUAGACCAUACUCCAUGUGUUGAUAAUGUUGUAGGGCUCACCACUGCAUUCCUCUACUCCCUUGAAACUCAGACAACUAUUGGGUAUGGCGGGCGAGCACUCACUCCUCUCUGCCCAGGUGCUGUGGCCCUUCUCAUCAUCCAGUCCCUCCUUGGAGCCAUUAUCAAUUGCUUCAUGUGUGGAGUCAUCUUGUCCAAAAUCUCUUUACCCAAAAAGAGGGCAAAGACCAUCACAUUUAGCGAAAUGGCUGUCAUCAGCCCCAAAAAUGGUUCUCUUUGCCUGUCCAUCAGAGUGGCUAACCUGCGCAAGACCCUGAUGAUAGGAAGCCAGAUCUAUGGCAAGCUGCUGAGAACAAACAACACACCAGAUGGGGAGACAAUCAUCAUGGACCAGGUGAACAUUGACUUCAUGGUGGAUGCUGGGAAGGACAACCUCUUCUUCGUGUGUCCUCUCACACUCUACCACAUCAUCGACAAGAGUAGCCCUUUUUUCGAGAUGGCGGUGGACACUCUCCACAAGAAAGAGUUUGAGCUGGUCGUCUUCCUAGAUGGCACAGCAGAGUCCACCAGCUCCUCCUGCCAAGUGCGGACCUCCUUUAUUCCUCAGGAGAUCAUGUGGGGCUACAACUUCUUGCCCAUCAUCUCCAGAAGCAAGGAGGGCAAGUACAGAGUAGAUUUCUCCAACUUCUCCAAGGUGGUGCCUGUAGCUACUGCACACUGUGCCUACUGUUUCCACAACAUCAAGGGUCAUCAUCACCACUCCAGAGAUGGACAUGACAACCAGGGCUUUGAGGUGAUUGAUAUCAAUGAUCCCCCAAAUGUCACCAAGAUGUGAGACAUGGAGACAAUGACAACAACAAACUGUAGAAACUGAGACUGGUAGAGAUUUGCACAUCUCAAAGACAAACUCCUCAAGACUCUACAAGGACAAAUGGGUGCUAGAGGCAGGUGGGGUGACCUAAUGGCAGACUGUGCAUUGUGUAGCAUUUAAAUACAAAGUAAAGAAAACCUACUUAUUUGUUAUUCUUUUGUGUUUAAUGGAGAUAAGGAAGCUGUCUGAAGGCCAGGACAGUUAUUGUUAAGCAUUUGUAUAUAAAACCACACCUCCCACUGUCUACUGACUAAAAACCAGUUUUAAAAAGGGAGGCCAGGUCAUGCAAGAUGGUGAAGCUGCAAUUCAAGGACAGAAAAAGAAAGUUUUUCCAAUUAACCUGCAAGAAACACAUGUGCUAUAUAUGAAGACAAGUGGCUCUCAUUUACCUUUGGCCUUGCACAUCAGGUUUACGGUGUAUGGAGAGGCAGGAAAAAACAAACAAACAAACAAACAAAAAAAAAACAAAACAAACAAA